CUGCUCAUCUCCUGACCUUUCAACUGCUUUUUAUCCCAGCUUGAAUGAAUGACGCUGUCAUAGACAUGCCAAAUGAUCUAGGGAAACCUAGACACCACCUCUCCCUCGAGGAGGACCCCACCCCGGCCCGGAGGCAUCGAGGCAUUACAGCACUCACCGUCGACCUCCCCGACUCCGGCUCCAAGAACGUCAAGCUGGAAACAAAUCCCUCGAGAUGGGCUACGCCGGAGUUCUUGUUCUAUUAUCUGGCCGCCGUGAUUGUUAUUCCGAUCAUGGUGUGGGUGCCUGUUAGCAUCAGCUCGCCUACGCACGACAACUAUUACAAGUACAACCACAGACUGAGGCCCGGUUGGAUCUUUGGCCGCGCCCUCGACAACAGCGAUGCCCAAUACCGCUCCUUCAGGGACAACGUCCCCGCCCUCGCCGCCCUCGCCGCCGUCUUCGUCCUCACCAAGGUCGCGUAUACGCGCUUCACGCUGAGGUCCUUGACGCGACCACCCGAGAAUAACUUCUACCUUAUCCCGCUCUACCACGCGUUCUCGGCCCUCUUUCUCAUCGGCCUGCACGGCACGAGCAUCGUGAAGAUAUUCGUCAUUCUCUCUGCCAACUACUACAUCGCCAAGAAGCUCGGGAAGUCGAGGGCGGGCCCGCUGGUCACUUGGGCGUUCAACGUCGCGGUGCUAUUUUUGAAUGAGAGGUACGAGGGGUACAGAUACGCGUCGAUCCAUUCUUCCCUGGAGACCCUGGACAUCUACGAAGGCCUCUACCCGCGCUGGCACAUCAGCUUCAACAUCACCAUGCUCCGCCUCAUCUCGUUCAACAUGGACUACUACUGGGCUUGCAAAGACUCCGCCGCCUCCAGUUCCAAUGCCAGUCCCAGCUUAGAGGAUGAGAAACAGCCGACGAACGAGAAACAACGCAUCGCGACGGCCCUCCCCGUCCAAUUCUACACGUAUGCCAACUACAUCGCCUACGUGCUCUACCCGCCUCUGUACAUCGCCGGCCCGAUCAUGAGCUACAACAACUUCGUCUGGCAGCUGCGCAACCCCGUAUCAAUACCCAAAACCGCCGUUGCGCGCUACCUGCUCCGCUUCCUGCUCUCGCUCGGCACGAUGGAGCUCAUCCUGCACUUCAUGUACGUCGUCGCGAUGAAGGACGCCCGCGCGUGGCAGGGCCUCUCCCCGUUCGAGCUCAGCAUGGUCGGCUUCUGGAACCUGAUGGUCGUCUGGCUCAAGCUGCUGCUUCCGUGGCGCUUUUUCCGCCUCUGGGCGCUCGCGGGCGGCGUGGACGCGCCGGAGAACAUGGUGCGCUGCAUGGCGAACAACUACUCCGCGUUCGGGUUCUGGCGGAGCUGGCAUCGCAGCUACAAUCUGUGGAUCGUCCGGUACAUCCACAUUCCCCUCGGCGGCGCACACAACGUCGUCGUCUCGACCGCGCUCGUCUUCACGUUCGUCGCGCUCUGGCACGACCUCUCCUUCCGCCUGCUCGCGUGGGGCUGGCUCGUGAGCGUGUUCGUCCUCCCCGAGCUCGCCGCGCGCUACGUGCUCCCCGAGUCCAAGUACGGGAGCGAGCCGUGGUACAGACACGCGUGCGCGCUCGGUGGCGUGCUCAACGUGCUCAUGAUGAUCUCCGCCAACCUCGUCGGGUUCGUGAUCGGCACGGACGGGAUGCUCUACAUGGUUUCGGAGGUCUUUGGGACCUGGAGCGGGCUGCGGUUCUUGGUGUCCGCGUGUGCGUGCAUCUUCAUCGGGGUGCAGCUCAUGUUCGAAUAUCGGGAAGAAGAAAAACGACGCGGGAUAUAUCGCAGGUUUUAGACCUGUAUUGCACGCUGUAUACCCCCGGCUUAGAGCGCUGUAUACCCC